CGGACAAUGUGGGGAUACUUUCUCAUAUCAAGUAUGGCCGCUAUCGUGGCAUGAUGGCCAAAACAAUUACUGAGGGUAUUUGAAGGCCAUCAGGGCCUCGCGUGAGAAGCAGGUGCGAGGGCGGCGCAGCUACACGGGAAUGGCGUCGACGAUGGCUCGAGGCCCUAUACUUCCGGAAUCCGGUGACGCGGACAGCGAUGGAUCAAGCGGCGAAGACAGGGAUACGUUGAAGCGUCCUCACGGCGACGCCGACUCCGCUGGCGCGAAGAAGCGGCGCAAGCAGUCAACGCCGGUUCGAUUUCCAGCUACGUUGAUCAGCGAUGAUCGGGAAGAGGAGUCGGAGGAAGAGGGUGCUGCGGAAGACAGCGAAGGUAAGCCAACGGUCGACCGGAUCCAUCAGACGUCAAAAGACGAAAACUUGAAUAACGAAUUCCGCUGCCAAUAUUGUAGUCAAUUGUUUGAUAGUAAACAAAUGCUUAAUCAUCACUUGAACAGUAAACAUAACCUCUCCACUUUUUCGUGGCAGAAUACGCAGCGUUCGCCGGUUCACUCGCAUAUUGAAAUAAAGCAGGAAUCUAAUACACAUCAGGAGCAGCCUGAAAGUCCUGUCAAUCUGUCAGGAAUCGGUAUCAAAAAUUUCGCGGCAACGUGGUUGUCGGGUCACGUUCAAUCGCAGCCACACCAGAUUCAGUUGCAAUCCCAAACCGACGAUUGGCCACCUCCGGGUUCGACUGGUUCCCUGUCCUCGAUAUCCAAUCACCUCCAAGCGUUACCUUUCCCCGGUGCAUUGGCUCAGUAUCUUCCAUUGCCAAACUUUUCCUUAACCGACGCGAGCCAGGUUCCUAACAGACCGCCAAUAGGACCUGCGCCCGUCAGGAUAUUCAAUCCGGACGCUUACUGCGACCUCUGCAACAAAGAAUUUUGUAACAAGUAUUUCUUGAAAACACACAAAGCCAACAAGCACGGGAUCUACGUAGACACUCCGGGGCAAACGCCACAGCUCAAACUGGAAUCACCAACCGUUUCGAUGCCUCCGGCGCAGGCUGUUCUGCAAGCACCACCGAGCUUAAACGCGGUUUGUGAAAUCUGUCAGAAGAAAUUCAAGAACGAGGAGUCUGUGAGGAAACACAAGCAGAAGGUGCAUAACAGCGACGGAACCGAAGGGAGUGACGUGCAAAUGCUUCCUCCGCAAACUGUCGAAGAUGAGAAGGACACUUCGCAUCACAGUUUGAGCCCAGGUGCAAUGGAAGGACUAUUCAAGCAGGAAUUUGGAGUUGAACAGGAGGACACGACCUUUAUGCCAGCGCCGAGGCAUCUCUCUCCGCAGUCGAUUCAGCAAGCCAAGGAUUCCGGUUUCAACGCCGAUCGCCUCAAGAGAUUGGGCGUUAUAAAUCCCGAGGCUUUUUGCGAGGUGUGCUGCAAGGAAUACUGCAACAAGUACUUUCUACGUACACACAAAAUGAAGAGACACGGCAUCGUCGUUCAAGACAAUGACAAAUCGCCGAGUAAUCCUGGAGCGGCUGCGACGUGGCAUCACGUGCAGACCAGCCCGUUGAAUCUGAUCGUAGGAGAAACCAGCGGCAAUAGUUCAGAAUCCGGCGAUCGUUCCGGCGAAGAUUACGAGUGCAAGCCUUGCGGCAUUCGUUUUCAGACAAUAGGAUUGCAUCAGGCGCAUCGUCAGAAGAUGCACGAUUCCGAGGAGCAGGGUUCGCCGAAGAACGAGAAUGACGCCGACACGACGGACCAAAAGGCCGAUUCCAUAAGCGAAGAUCUUCGAAAGCUUCAAACCAUGAUACUGCAAUUGAAUGGCUUGGAGUUUGGCCGAGGCGCACCGUGUCCGAUUUGUGGAAAGGAUUACGACAGCAGACAAGCUCUGAGGAACCAUAUGGCGAUGGAACAUGACGCUAUAGUCGACGAGACUGUUUCGUCGCCUUUGCAAGGCACCGAGAAGUCACCGACACCGAACAGCAGUACUGCCCUGAACAGUGCAUUGUGCGAUAAAGAAUUCCCUAGUCAAGAAGCGCUGCGAAAACACAUUUCCGAAGAUCACCAACCCUCGACGUCAGCCUCGGUGCCAUUGCCGAGCGCGUUGCCGACCACCUCGGCAACGAUGACGUCGACAACGCCAACAGCUCCAACUCCGGAACGCAGGGCUCCAGUUUUGAUAAUGCCCACGUCGAGCUACUGCGAGAUAUGCAACAAGGAACUAUGCAACAAAUACUUCAUGAAGACACACAUGCACCGGAUGCACGGUAUCGAGAUAGAAAACGGAGCCCAGAUCGGUGGCGUCAUUUGCAACAUAUGCAACAAGGAACUUUGCAGCAAGUAUUUCCUACGUGUUCACAAGCACAACACACACGGCAUCAUCGAGGAAGGCAUGCCGUCGACUAGCAACUCCGCUAAACAGGCAGACACCGACACGAACAACAGCGAAGACCCCGCCCUGAAGCCGGAACAAGUCGGCGACUUGAGCCAUCGUUACUUCACCCACUUCACGGAGGUCUGUCCAAUUUGCAGCAGGAGAUUCAGAAGCACCAAGUGGCUGAAGGCACAUCUGCUCAGCGAUCACGGGAAGGCGGGAAUCGAAAAGUGGCGAGAAUUGGAGCAACAGUAUCAGUCAGGACCUCGAGGCGGAAGGACACCUGGACCGUCGAGAGUCUCGCAUCCAAAUCCAAGCCUGAAAAUACCCAACGGUAUAGACUUGGCGCCGCACAUGAAGACGGGGGACUACAGCGGGUUGGGAAAUCAGGUUUUAUCGACUCUCUUCGGGUCGACCGAAGACCAGCCGCUGAAGAGUUAUCGUUGCUCGUACUGCACUUUCACGACGCCGGUCCUCGCCUUUCUCUUCGUCCACGAAAGAUCGCACACGAGUCCUCAGAGCGGGACCAGCAUAGAAGGCGAGCAAACGCUGCAGUGUCCCGUAUGUCUGCAAGGUUUCUCUCAGCCCGAAUUGCUGCAGCAUCACUUACUCACUCAGCACCAAUUUUCCGGGCUAAUUCCAUCCUUUCAACCGCAGUUAUUCAGCAAUUCAAGGCCCGAAUCGUCCUCUGAAAAAGACAGCGAGUCCAAAGACCGCACCGAUCUGGAUUCGAAGGACGACUUGAAGCAGGUGAGUCCUCACACCUCGGCCGGUCUUUCUUCGAACGGUCUUCCGAAGGGUCAAAGACCGGAGGACGCUACCGCGGUACAAGUUACGCCCCAGGGGGCUUACAAAUGUGCCCAGUGUGGCUACGCGACAGCGAAUUUGAACAGGAUCAAAAAACACAUAAGAAAAGACCACCGAACGGUAACCGCCGACCAAUCGGAAAGCGUGAUUGGUGAGUUGACGCGCACCUUGAGAGACGUCGCGAGCAAGCAAAAGAUCCCGGCCAGCUACGCCAUGCCCCAAGACAUGAAUUCCAGCCCCGAGAAGACCGUGAUGCAACCGUUUCUCAUAGAGGAGUCAGAGGCUGUCCAUGGUACCUCGGAUACCGCAAGCUCGGAGAAGAAAUUCGGUCCCGCACUUGUCUACCUGCCAGUUAGGACGCGCAUAAGCGCGCCCUUGACGCUGUCCUUUAACCUUAGCCCUGCCUGAAAUCAAACCACAGUUCCUAAUCAUGAUAUUUUCAUAACAAGUUUGCAACUCGAUCUGCGUCUGAUUGCGAGUAAAAAAAAAAGGAAUAAAAUACUAAAGGAAAAGAUGAGUCUGCUCGAGGUUUCUUUGAAUGCUGCAUAGGUACAUACAUGUGUAAUGUCAUUGUGUAUUGCGAGCGAACCGCAACCCACUGCGAAACGUAUACAUAUAUAUUAUUCGCGACAAACAUAUUUUUUUAAUGAAAGACAAAAAAAACAAAGACAAAGACUUUUAUAUGCACCUGUGAUUUUAAGUUCCUUUAUAAUUCGUAUAUACUUAUUAAUUCUUCGAAGCAAAAAAAACUUAUUGCGUGACAGAUAUGAUAUACUAUACUUAAUAUACCAUGCCUAGGGCAGUGUAGGAUGUA